AGCUGCAUUAGGUAAGCUGCAUAGAAUCUUUUAGCGCUAACCUUAUAGCGUAACCUUACAGUAUGUAAGUCGUUUACGUAUCGAACUCGGCAAUCGGUCAGUCGGCUUUGAGCGGGUUUGAGCUAUUUCAAGCCAUUUCAAACCUACAACCUUCAAACCCAUUUCGAUAUCCCCCUUCAACUUAAUUCCUCUAUAUUAGACCUCUUAUUUCUAUCAAUUUAUCUUAUCCGCCAUGAGGCCUUUUCUAAUGGGCUUCACGAGCAAUGCCCUUCUAUAGACUAUGAUAUUCAAGAAGUCAACUUUCGCCGUCUGCUCCAAUCUUCCCUCCUUGCUCCCCUCGCCACAUCUCGGUCAUGGCAUAACGUCAUCGUCUUGUAGUACGAACACGCGAUGGCUGUCGUGUCAACAGCUCAGCCAUAUAUCUUCGCGCCAACGAUCCUACGCUACAGUUUCUAAAGCGCCCAAGGAGCCGUCUUCCUCUUCUAACGAGCAUGCCUGGCCUGACUCGCCACAACCAACACCUUACGAGAUAUUCGACCAGCAUAAGAGUGCGCCCUACAGCAAGGCCAAAUUCUAUGAAUUAGUCAAGAUCUAUCAUCCUGACAGGCACAAUCAUGUGUCGUUGCACCGGUUAUCGCAUUCCACCCGCCUUGAGCGUUACCGAUUAGUUGUUGCGGCAAACCAGGUACUCAGCGACCCGUCCAAGCGACGAGCUUACGACUUGUACGGCGCGGGAUGGGGCGGAAUACAUAGCAUGGAAAAUAUCUACCGGUCUGCAGACAGGUCUUGGCGCGAUGUUCCAGGAAAUCCGAGCACGAACGCUACAUGGGAAGAUUGGGAACGAUGGUAUAACGAAAGGGAUGGGAAGAAGGAGAAACAACGACCGGUCUACAUGUCUAACCAGCUUUUCGCCGGCGUGCUAUGCAUAUUCGUGGUUGUCGGGAGCAUGGGCCAGGCGCGCCGUGCAAAUUCCAACACAACUAACCUUGUAGAUAUGAGGGAGCAGAGCCAUGCGUCUAUUAAUCACGAUAUGAGGCUGCGCCAGGUCGAGCAGGCAUCCCUCAACCGACACGAAAGAGUCGAAAACUUCCUACGACAGAGGGAAGGGUGGGCCUUGGCUGCGACGGAAUCCCCUCGCACUGCUUCAGAGUCUCGUGAGAAAUGAGAACUUUGUUUUCACGGACGAGGGUCUUAUAUAAGAUAUUGAUUUAGGUAUACAAUUGGUUUGGAUCUCCUAAGUUCAUCAUCGAG